CGCUUUCCUUUUAGCCGCAAACUCCGUCCCUCUCCUCCACCCACCCCGCCCCCAUCGAAAUCCCAAAAAGGUUUUCGCCCUCAAACGAUCUCACAAAAAGCCUCUUCUCUUCCCCCACCUCGCCGCCUCCGCGCAGAUCCAGCCAGCCAUGGCGGCCCCCUCCAUGACCUCCUGGGCCGACGUCGCCGACGCCGAGCCCGCCCCCGCUCCGGCCCCAGCAUCCGACGGCCCCGCGCGCUCCGACCGCUCCUCCUACGUCCCUCCCCACCUCCGCAACCGCUCCUCCGCCGCGCCUCCCGCGUCCUCCGCUCCUCCCCCACGCGCUGCCCCCGGCCUCCUCGGCCGCCCCGCACCCGGCGUCCCCGGGAGGUUCGUGGGUGGCGGCGGGGGCGGGGCGGCCCCGCCGCCGCGCAGGUGGGACCGUGAGCCGAACCCGUUCGGGAACGACGAGCCGGUGCCGGCCGCCGAGCCCGAGGGGUUCGACGAGCACCAGAACACCGGGAUCAACUUCGACGCGUACGAGGACAUCCCCGUCGAGACCAGCGGCCGGGAGGUGCCCCCCGCCGUCAGCACGUUCGCGGAGAUCGACCUCGGCGCCGCGCUCAACGACAACAUCCGCCGCUGCAAGUACGUGCGGCCCACCCCCGUGCAGCGGCACGCCAUCCCGAUCUCGCUGGCCGGCCGCGACCUCAUGGCCUGCGCGCAGACCGGGUCCGGGAAGACGGCCGCCUUCUGCUUCCCCAUCAUCAGCGGCAUCAUGCGCGGCCCGCCCGUGCAGCGCCCGCAGCGGGGCGGCAGCAGGACUGCCUGCCCGCUCGCGCUCAUCCUCUCGCCCACCAGAGAGCUGUCCAUGCAGAUUCAUGAAGAGGCGAGGAAAUUUUCGUAUCAGACUGGUGUGAGGGUAGUCGUUGCAUAUGGUGGGGCGCCUAUUACUCAGCAGCUGAGAGAUCUCGAGAGGGGUGUUGACAUUCUUGUGGCUACUCCUGGUCGUUUGGUUGAUUUAUUGGAAAGGGCAAGAGUAUCUUUACAAUCAAUUAGAUACCUUGCCCUUGACGAGGCCGAUAGAAUGCUGGACAUGGGUUUUGAACCACAAGUUAGGAGAAUUGUUGAACAAAUGGACAUGCCUCCACGAGGUGUCAGGCAGACAUUGUUAUUUAGCGCUACAUUCCCAGGAGAAAUUCAGAGAAUGGCAUCUGACUUUCUGGAGAACUACAUAUUCCUGGCUGUUGGAAGAGUGGGGUCAAGUACUGAGUUAAUUGCCCAGAGAGUUGAGUUUGUGCAUGAGGCAGAUAAAAGAAGUCACCUGAUGGAUCUGCUCCAUGCGCAAAGAGACAGUGCAGAUCAUGGAAAGCAAGCUCUCACACUUGUCUUUGUGGAAACCAAAAGGGGUGCUGACUCGUUGGAGAACUGGUUGUGUACGAAUGGGUUUCCAGCGACUUCUAUUCAUGGUGAUAGAAACCAGCAGGAAAGAGAAUAUGCUUUGAGAUCCUUCAAGAGUGGCCAAACUCCUAUUUUAGUCGCAACUGACGUGGCGGCCAGGGGCCUCGACAUUCCCCAUGUUGCUCAUGUUGUGAACUUUGAUCUCCCCAAUGACAUUGAUGAUUACGUACACAGAAUUGGAAGGACAGGGAGGGCAGGAAAAAGCGGUCUUGCAACAGCUUUCUUCAGUGACAAUAAUGCCUCGAUGGCAAAGUCUCUAGCUGACCUAAUGCAAGAAUCUAAUCAGGAGGUACCUGCGUGGCUCACUCGCUAUGCAGCUCGCCCAUCCUAUGGUGGUGGUGGUGGAGGAAGGAACAGACGUGGUGGAGGAGGUGGGAGCCGCUUUGGUGGCCGUGACUUCCGCAGGGAAUCUUCUUCCUUUGGCAAGGGCGGUGACUAUGGUGGAGGCAGCAAUGGUGGUGCUGGCAGUUACGGUGGUUCCUCUUCAUAUGGGGGUGGUGGCUAUGGUGGUGCUGGGGCUCCCAGUGCUUGGGAUUAAUGUUGUAGUUGCUCUCUACUAGGGUCUAUCAAGCCUAGGUUGCUGUUUACUCUAGUUCCUCAUUAGAUAUACAUUUUUGCUAGGAGCUGAUAUACAGCGACGGCACGAGGUGAACUGUGUCAUCCCCAUUUUCCUUCUGGUUACUACGGAGGUAGUCUUAUCUUACAGAUAUCCAUUAUGGAGAGCGCCCUGAGGACUUGCAAUCACACACUAGAUUCCCAGUUAGGAAUAGGAUUUCCAAACUGAAAUUCCUAGUUAGGGAUAUAGUAGUUGGUGUCGGUAGGCUGACAUUUAGCGUUUGAUGUGGUGUGUCUGCCAUUUGUUUUUCCUUGGUUCAUCUCGUUUUGGCGGUCGGCUGGUUGUAGAGCUUGUGAUGAGGGGGCUUUUGCGGCUUGAAUUUUUGUCGGAGAUUUCAUAUUUGAUACUCAUGUUGAACAAGAGGUAAGAGGAUGCAUAGUCCUUAAAUCCUGAUGUAAUGUAUAUACUGUGAGGUGAGGCUGGAAUGAAUAAGUUAUCUGGAUCUUUAAGGGGAAGAAGGGGGGGAUCACGCUUUUCUGUUGGAGAGGCACAAGUUGUGAAUUUGUUUUGGAUGGAUCUAAACCAUUAUAACAGUUAUUGAAAAUGCAUGUCUUCUAUUUUUGGCUUC